UCCCUAAAAUUCUUCGUAUUACAAUACGACAUCCGGUUAUGUUUUGUUUGGGAUUUGGGAAUAAAGGCUCCGACUGCAACAAGUCUGUGGUGUUUAUGUGAUCGCCGAUUAAUUCCACCGCUUAAAAUAUCUCCGGCAAGAGGAGACGCUUUCUUCUCUCAUCAGAUUUCAUUUUUAGUUCAUUUGCGUUCCAACACUUGAAAGAGCUACUAGAUUUUCGUCUCGCUGUCUGAUCACCUGGGCCAAAUCGAAACUCUAUAAUCAUUUAAGACCUACUUUCCUCUCUGUUUGGAAAACAAGGAGGGAGAGAAAGUAUACUUGUAUUGUGAUGAUGCUGCCGCUCAAAGUCGUCCUCCUUUAUUGAAUUGCAGCGAUGCAGUUAUAGGUUUCCGUUCCAGAAAGAGCAACGAAGAGAUGCAGAAAUUGGGUGAUUUCAAACUGCCGCAGUUCUUCAAUUACCCACCAUACUUCACUUUGCAGCCUGUUAGGGACACUCGAGAAAAGCAAGUACAGCUUUGGAAGGAUCUUAUCCUUGAUUAUUGUAAAACGCAGAAAAUAUUUGUGAUCGAAUUGGAAGAUGAAUUUCCUUUGUUCUCUAAUCCUGUGAUUGAGAGAUCUCUCAGUCAUGAAGCUAGAAAAGCAUUUCUCUCAGCAUUAGUCUCAGAAGGCCGUGCAGAAUGGUUAGACAAAGGACAUAGGAAAUGCCUUAUUUUGUGGCAUCAGAUCCAAGAUUGGGCCAACAUUAUUCUACUUUUUGUGAAGGACAAUGGAUUAGAGGAUGGUGUUAUGACUAUUGAGGAAAUACGCUCAGGAAUUGAAUCUCGAGGAACAGAGCUUCAUGGGAUAGAUCGCACAAUUUUGAUGCGGGCAUUGAAACUUCUAGAACACAAAGGGAAGGUUGCAAUUUUUAAGGGGACCUCAACUGACGAUGAAGGUGUGAAAUUCUCCGUGUAGUGCUUCUACUGUCGCAAAACUGAUGAGGAUAAUCAAACUGUGGGGCUUGCACCCUAGUUAUGGACUUCAUCAUUAGAUUUUCUGCAUGUAUGAAUGAGCUUGUACUCUUUUUGACAGUCGCGCCCCUUUGUUUUUGAUGGGUUCUGGAUGGCAGUGAAAUGAAGGUUUCCCUCAUUAUUCCCCCCUGCCCAACAAAACAAAUAUUGAAAUUUAUCAGCUGCUUAUGUUGCGUUUUAUUUCAAAGUUACAACAAAUAUUUGGAGC